AUAAGGCUUUAGGCCCAUUUGGGGUUAAAUAGAAACAAAAACAUGAAAAGACACGUGUGACACAUGUCGUCUAGAAAGGAAGAGAAGUGACCACCAGACAAUUGUGAGCCUAAUCCAACCGAUUCAUUUCAAAACCCUAAACUCAAAAUCCGUCUCGGUGUAUCAACAAUGGCUGAAGAAGCUCAAGAUCGUGCUAAUGGCUCUGAUUCAUCUCCUCCCAUAAAGUUACCUCCUUUCAUCACCAACCUAUUCGCCUUUCUUCAACCUAAGCCUCCUCCUGCUACUGUUGAUGCCAAUGCUCCUAAACCCACCAGCGAGAAGGAACCUCAGAAGUCGACCUACGAGACUGUCUCUUUCCCUUACACUCCACCCAAAAGCGCAGAGCCAAUCAAGUUUGAGGCUGAGCCCAGCUCUGGCAGGACUUCUAACUCCGUCAUCCUUUGGCAGGUAUAUGCACUUGGAGGGUUUCUUGUCCUGAAGUGGGCCUGGGCAAGAUGGAACGAAAGGAAGGAGACAAGUGACAAAAAUGAGGCGACGGGUGAUGAUGACCAACCUUCUAAUCAGAAAGAUGAUGAUGAUCAAUCUUCUGAUGGGCAUGAAGACUAGUCAUAUUGCAUGAACACGAUGAAAAUGUUGCCUAUUUUGGUUCUGUAUAGCAAAAACACCGAAAACUUCACCAUGAAGAUUUCUUAUUUUCCAUUGUAUGUACUCGAAUCUUGAGUUUCAUCUCCUUAUCUAAGGGGACUUGAAAUCUCUUCUCAUGCUGGCAAAUUUUUUUUUUUUACUGGACAAAUCUCUUCUUGUGUUGUGUUCUAGUGAUGUUGCUGUGCAGUAUCUCCUUGGUUCGUGA